GGCAGAGUCAGAGAUUAAAGUCCAAAGAGGGAGCCCUUGAGUGAGGUGUCGUGCUUUGAGGGAGGCAGGAUCUGUGCUUUGAAGAAGUGGACGGCACCUUCUCAGCUCCAGCAUGGGAGCCCGGAAUUCUACUGAGCGCUCCAGACUCUUAACCCCGGGUGAAACAGACCGGACCACACGUGGGCAGUACCGCUCCUUGUCUGUCCCAGGCUCCGCUAACUGCCAGGAUGCAUCACUUGUCUCAGAGUUUGAGGACAGGGUUUCUGUUCCAGAGGACACCAGUCAGAUUUUCAGCUUCCGGAAGCUCUGGGCAUUUACAGGACCCGGAUUCCUAAUGAGCAUCGCGUACCUCGACCCAGGGAACAUCGAAUCGGACCUUCAGGCCGGAGCCAUCGCAAAAUUUAAGCUUCUGUGGGUGCUGCUGUGGGCCACUGUUGUUGGGCUCCUUCUGCAAAUGCUGGCAGCAAGUCUCGGGGUGGUUACUGGCAUGCACCUGGCUGAAGUCUGCAAAGAGCAGUACCCCAGAGUGCCUCGUAUUAUCCUGUGGCUGAUGGUGGAGGUGGCCAUCAUCGGCUCAGACAUGCAGGAGGUUAUCGGGAGCUCCAUCGCCCUCAACCUCCUCUCCGCCGGCUGGAUCCCUGUGUGGGGGGGUGUUCUCAUCACCAUGGCUGACACGUUCUCCUUCCUCUUUCUUGACAAUUUCGGGUUGCGGAAGCUGGAGGCCUUCUUUGCGCUCCUCAUUACAAUCAUGGCUGUCACCUUUGGGUAUGAGUACGUGGUGGUGAGGCCCGACCAGGUGGAGGUGCUGAGGGGCAUAUUCGUGCCGUCCUGCCAGAACUGUGGCACACCCGAGAUGCUGCAGGCCGUGGGCAUCGUGGGGGCCAUCAUAAUGCCGCACAACAUCUACCUGCACUCCGCCCUCGUCAAGUCUCGGCAGAUCGAUCGCUCUAACAAGAAGGAGGUGAAAGAGGCCAAAAAGUACAACUUCAUCGAGUCGGCCAUCGCCCUCUUCAUCUCCUUCAUCAUCAACGUCUUCGUCAUGUCCGUCUUCGCUGAGGCCUUCUACAAACGCACUAACAUGGAAGUGAAUGCCGUGUGCAAUAAAUCAGGCAGUCCCUACACUGACCUCUUCCCCAAGAACAACGGUACGCUGGAGGUGGACAUGUACACAGGGGGCAUCGUGCUGGGCUGCUUCUUUGGGACAGCGACCCUCUACAUCUGGGCCAUGGGGUUGCUGGCAGCGGGUCAGAGCUCUACGAUGACCGGCACUUACGCGGGUCAGUUUGUCAUGGAGGGUUUCCUGAACAUGCCUGUGUCCCGGUUUAAACGGGUGCUUCUGACCCGCUCCAUCGCCAUCAUACCCACCUUCGCUGUGGCCUUCAUCUUCAUCAAAGACCUGAAGUACCUCACCGGGAUGAACGAUCUUCUGAACGUAGUGCAGAGCUUGCAGCUCCCGUUUGCUUUGUUUCCCAUCAUCACCUUCACCAGUCUCCCCUCCAUCAUGGGUGACUUCGCCAACGGACUAGUAUGGAAAAUCGGAGGAAUGGUGGUGACCCUGGGGAUUUGCGGCAUUAACAUGUACUUUCUGGUGACCUACGUCACCACACAAGACGCUGUGUGGCUUUACGUGCUGGUGGCAAUCCUGUCCGUCUUCUACCUGUUCUUCGUAUUCUACCUGGCUUUGAUCUGCUUGAUCGCCCUGGGGGUGUCCUGCCUGGAGUUCCACAGACAAGGGGGAAGAGGGCCCUCCCUGCUCAUACAGGAGGGACCCGUAAAGUGACCCACCAGCAG